AUGAUAGCUGCUUUAAACCGUUUCAUCUCCCGCUCAGCGGACAGAUGCAGGCCUUUUUUCCUUCUAUUGCACAAGUGGAAGGGCUUCAAGUGGACUGAAGAGUGUGCUUUAGCUUUCCAACAGCUCAAGGAAUACCUCGCCCGACCACCGAUCAUGUUCAGCCCCAACGCUGACGAGGUGUUGUUCGCAUACAUCGCAGUCGCCCCUCAUGCGGUGAGCCUAGUGCUAAUUCUAGAGGACAAUGGCACGCAGCGGCCCGUGUAUUACGUAAGCAAAUCGCUGCAGGAGGCAGAGACCCGAUAUCUCCCCCUCAAAAAGGCUAUAUUGGGCGUCGUACAAGCCACGCAGAAGCUCCCCCACUAUUUUCAGGCACAUACAGUAGUUGUGCUAACCCAACUUCCAUUGAAAUCAGUCCUCCGUAGCGCCGACUACACAGGUAGAAUAGCUAAAUGGGGAACAAUCCUGAGCGCCUUUGAUAUUAGAUACAUGCCUCGCACCGCCAUAAAAGAUCAGGUCCUGGCCAAUCUGGUAGCUGAAUUUGUGGAGCCCACCCUACAAGGGGUGGAAAUGUCGGGGUCACCAAGUGCUGAAGGGAAACUGAUUAGCACGGUCUCUCAGCAAGAGCACAAUAGGUGGAGAGCACACAUCGAUGGUGCAGCAAACCAAAAAGGCUCCGAGGUGGGACUCGUCCUUGUCUCUCCCGAAGGGAUAAUCGUAGAAAAGUCGCUGAGGCUAGGAUUCUCGGCAACAAAUAACGAGGCCGAGUAUGAGGCACUGUUGGAGGGGAUGUCUAUAAUCCGGAAAUUGGGUGGAAAAUGCGCAAACAUGUUCUCGGACUCGAGGCUCAUUGUGGGACAAGUAAAUGGGGAAUUGGAGGCGAAGGACGAAAGGAUGCAAGGGUACCUGGCCCGGGCUAAACACCUGCAGACCUAUUUCGAUGACUUCCGUUUGACGCAUAUACCCAGGAGUGGGAACACCCAUGCUGAUUCUCUCGCAACACUGGCCACCUCCUCGGCUCAGUCCCUUUCGCGGGUUAUUUUAGUUGAAGAUCUCUGCCACCCAACGAAAGAGGAGCCCAACGGUAUUCGGGUACACAACGUCGGGGCAGGACCUAGCUGGAUGGACCCUCUGGUGCUAUUCUUAAAGCACGACACCUUAUCGGACGAUAAGGUUGAGGCUGACAAAAUCAGGAGGAGAGCUUUUCUAUUCUGGCUGUCCGAGGACUCCAAACUCUACAGACGCUCGUUCUCAGGGCCGUACUUGCUAUGUGUGCACCCAGGGGCUACGGAACUCAUCCUGGAGGAGUUGCACGAAGGGAUCUGUGGAAGCCACACGGGGGGUAGGUCCCUCUCCCACAGGGCCAUGACACUGGGUUACUGGUGGCCGAGCAUGCAUAAAGAGACUCUGGAAUAUGUGAAGAAGUGCGACCAAUGCCAAAAAUUUGCCCCGAACAUACAUCAGCUGGGCGGAGUGCUUAACCCAUUGUCCAGCCCUUGGCCAUUCGCACAAUGGGGCCUAGACAUACUGGGGCUGUUCCCCAAAGCGGCUGGAAACAAGAAGUUUCUUCUCGUCGGCACGGACUACUUCACGAAGUGGGUUGAAGCUGAGGCGCUGGCAAACAUCAGGGACGUCGAUGUCAAGAAAUUUGUCUGGAAAAAUAUUAUCACUAGGUUCGGGACCCCGCACACCCUGAUCUUGGAUAACGGCCUCCAAUUUGACAGCAAAGCCUUUAGAUAA